CCAACCAAUUAGCCCUAACUCUAGCAACUAUAGUUAAGCACCAUGAUGCCCCAAAAGUGAAUAUGAACAACCAAAUAAAGGAAUGCUUAUAUGGCUUCAAUUCCCGAAGGUGAUUAUGGAAGCACCAAGAGAUUUCAUCAACAAUACCCAAUCUGGAUUAAAAUGUUAGAGAGAGGUGGAGAGAGUCUAGAUGUUUGAGUUGUCAGAAUGUUAGAGAGAGGUAGAGAGAGUCUGAGUGAGCGUUGUGAGUUUGGGGGAGGGGAGAGGUCGAGCGUUUCUUUUCCUUUUUGCAGGUUUCCGGCAGGCAGGCAGCUUCAAGGUGGAGAUUGUAGGGAUCGUACUCGUCAAGAGGUGAAGAUUGGAUUGAAGGUUGUGUCAAUUGAGGAGUAUUGCACCAGGCACGGGGCCCUUUUGAAACUCUCUGUGGCUGGGGAGGAAUGGCGACGACGUUUCAUCUUCCUUGAGUCCCAGCAUGGAGUCUGGCUGCAGUCUAUUUCCUGUCGUUCUAAGGUGGUUUCCUCUCUUGGUAGUAAAAUCAUCAGGGGUCGGUGUAUCUCGGUCUAUUCCUUGCGCAUUCGAGGAGAGUGGACCCUUAAAAUUGAGGAAGUCAACAAGUAGGGAAGAAGCUUUUUCUUCAUUAUCCCUUGUCAUCCCGCGGGAUGGUCUGAGUUUCGGCUUGUUGCUCGCUCCUUUCUUCCCUCGGUAAGGACUGUUGUCAUCUCCCGGAAUUUGGCUUAUCCAGUAACGUCGGAUAGAUCCUUUGUCUCAUUUCUCAAAGCGGGCCUUUCGUCAGAGCUUGGGGAGUGUUCUUCUGCGUUUGCUGGUGGUCAAGUGGAAGUUCAUGUUUCUGACCUUGGUGUUCAAGACAAAAGACAUUUUCUUGGCCUUUGCCUGUGCUUAGAAUUCUUUGGCGUCCUUAAUGUUGGUCUUCCGUUUGAUCUUAGCGAGGAUUUCAAAAGUUGGGCUCAACAAGUUUGGAAGCUUGGCUAGGGUUUUAGUUUUACCAGGCGGAUCGGCGAUCAUUGUAUGCUCAUUUGCCCCUCCCGACAUGAGGCUAUUCGGGUGAAGUCCUCUAGAAUCAAGAAGUUCCGCGGCUACAACGUUGUCUUACGUCCUUGGCAUGAUCAUAUUGGUUAUAGUCUGGUGAGUCAAGCUAGGCUUAGCUGGAUCAUAGCGUGUGGUAUUCCCUUGCAUCUCCGUUCUCGGGCGGUGUUCAAAAGAGUUGGUGAUUUCUGUGUCGGUUUUAUUGACGUGGAUGUGAAUUGUUGGGAUGAGCCUUUCGUACUCAUCAAGGUUAGAUCUUGUGAUGGUUUUCCUUCUCAUAUUUCUUUGCGUCAGGGGCCUCAGAUUUUCCCGGUCUCCAUUUUUCCCCGCCGACAGAUCUUGUUGGCCGGCGUCGUGAUGUGUCUGGCGGGAAUGGUGGGAAUUUGAACGUGGCUCGUGAGCGGCUUUUGGGGUCUUGGGAUUCGGUCCAGCCUUUUUUCCUUCUCUCGAAAUGGAAUACGAAGAGUCGCCGCCCCACUCUCUUGCGUGUGAUCCCGUUGUUUCCCGGGCUUCGCCGUCCUCCGCCCCUAACCCGAAGGUUAAGAAGAUCUGGAUUAGGAAGUUCAACCCGCUUCUACCUCCUGUCUGGCCCAAUUACCCGAGCCCACCCCACCUUCCCAUCGUUUGUCUCCAAGAUUUGAGCCACUUGACUCCUGGCCCAAACCCAACCUCUCUUUCUUUCCCCGUUGGACUUGCCUUAUCCUCCUCCCUUCCCCAACCAUUUCCUUUUGUUUCCGUGAACGUGUUCUCUGCUUCUUAGUCCAUCCUUCUUGCCUUCAACACUUCCUCAACCCUUUAUCUCUGAUUGUCCCUUAACCUUCUCCCGGUAACUCCCUCGAUCCAGCUUCCUGUUGACCUCUGCUCCCUCGCCAAUCCCAACCCCUUUCCCUUUCUUCCCCCUCAACCCUUCCUUUCCAUACCCAUACCCAUCCCUAUCCUCACCGUUUUUGUCUGUUUCCUCUGAUGAUCCUCUUUCUUUUGACUUUAUGCCAGAGAGUGAGUCUUUUUUGGAAGAUCUUGGUGGUGAGCAUGGACCUAGCGCAUGUGCUUGCCUGGAUACGAACCCUUUGGCUAUUGUGGAGUUUCAUCCGAUUGACGAGGUUUUCCUCAAGGAGUGGCAAGCUGAGCUUGAAUUUCACGAGUCUUUUAGAAGUCGGUCGCCACCUUGGGCAAUUGUUGAAGAUUAAUUUGGUUGGUUCGAGUUUUGAUGCUAAUGCUCAGUUCGAGGAGCUGGCUGCCAAGGUGAAGAAUAGGAAGAAAAGGGUCUCUAGAUCAAUGCUUGAUAUGGAACGUCAUCAUUUGGGCUCUCUUGAGCUUCCUCCCCUAUCGCCGGAGGGGAGUCGUAAGAAACACCUUGGUGGGUUUGAUGAGAGUCUCUCACGUAACAGGGGAUCUCUGCCCCGGAGAGGGUUUGUUCUUGAACCUUCAUCAUGAUUAAUUCUAUUUUGUACUAGAAUGUGAGGUGCCUUUGUGAGUCGGAUAAAAGGGCGCGUGUCAAGGCCAUUGUCAAGUGAUGUUGUGCUUCUAUUGUGGGUCUGGUGGAGACUAAAUGGAGUUAUUACUCUCAGUUUUUUAUUAACUCGGUCAGUGGCAACAGGCGUUCUUCUUGGGUGGCUAAGGAUGCUAAUGGUUCUUGUGGUGGUAUCGCGGUGUAUUGGGACAUUGCUGAUUUUAAGCUCCUUAAUUCUUGGGAAGGAAAGUUAUCUCUUGCGGGUUAGGCUUCAAGAUUGCCAUAGUAAGGAUAUCUUGGUUGUGGUGUUUGUCUAUGGGCCACAUGACAGGGAGGGUAAAUUGGAGUUUCUUGAAGAAAUGAAUUCUAUUUGCGGCAGAUACAGUGCUCCGGUGUGUAUCUUGGGGAUUUUAACCUUGUGAGAUCAGACGAAUAUUAUAUCGGAGGGGCUAGGUGCCGGGCUAUGAUGGAAAAGUUCAACGCCUUCAGUAAUUUGAACCAUCUAAUUGAUCUUCCCCUUUCUGGUGCUCUUUUCACUCGACAAGGUAAUGGUUCCUGUCAAUCUUUCUCUCGCAUUGAUAGGGCCUUGGUUCCUUUGAGGAGUUGUUUGCGCCUGGUCCUUUGCUCGCUUUUGAGAGAGUUGAGUCAGAUCGCACUCCGAUUUGUUUUCGGUGGGGGGUCUGCUGAGUUCAUUCAUCGUCCCUGAAAAUUUGAAAAUAUGUGGCUUCUUGAGACGUCCUUCCUCCAUAACCUUAUAGGAUGGUGGAGUAUUCCCGUUUCUGGUUCGAUGUGGCUCUUUCAGAUUGGGAAGAAACUGAGAAGUACUAAACAAUUGAUCAAAAUAUGGAAUGUGGAGGUUUUUGGAAGAGUUCAACAGCAGAUCGAGAGGAUUCUUAAACAAAUAAAGGAGAUCGAUGACGCGGAGGAGAGGAAUCCGAUUGAUCAGACUUUGAAGAAUGACAGGAGGUUGCAUAGAUGUGAGCUGGAUAGGGUGCUAUUGAUGGAAGAGAUCUCUUGGAGGAAAAACUCUAGGGAUUGGCUUCAGUUGGGGGGAUAAAAACUCCUCUUAUUUCCACUGGGUUGCUAAUUUCAACUGGAGGAGGAAUACUAUUCAGGUUCUUAAAGUGAUGGGCAGGUUCUAUGUGAAAAAGUGGAGAUCAAGAAAGCAUUUAUUUCUCA